AGGAGUUGAUCCCCCUCAUAUUGUGUACAGCAUGCCUACAUCCCGAGCCUAAAGAGAGAGAUCAGCUUCUCCACAUACUUUUCAAUCUGAUCAAGAGACCAGAUGAUGAGCAAAGGCAAAUGAUACUGACUGGUUGUGUGGCAUUUGCACGUCAUGUCGGACCAACACGUGUAGAAGCUGAACUUUUACCACAGUGUUGGGAACAGGCAUCCAAAACAUUAAUGAAUUAAUGUCACCUUUUCAUAUGGGAAUAUGAGAACAGAUAUACUUCUUUUCCAGUCAAAGAAAGAUUUAUAUUCUGUGAAGAAGACAUAUGGGAACAAAACCCAAUUAAUCACAAAUACCCAGAAAGACGACUACUUGUGGCAGAAUCCUGUGGAGCAUUGGCACCUUACCUUCCUAAAGAAAUCCGUAGCUCCUUGGUUCUUUCAAUGUUGCAACAAAUGUUAAUGGAAGAUAAAGCAGAUUUGGUAAGAGAAGCUGUGAUCAAAAGCCUCGGUAUCAUUAUGGGAUACAUUGAUGAUCCAGACAAAUAUCAACAGGGUUUUGAAUUGUUACUGUCAGCCUUGGGUGAUCCCUCAGAACGAGUAGUUAGUGCUACACAUCAAGUGUUUUUACCAGCCUAUGCUGCCUGGACUACAGAACUUGGAAAUUUGCAGUCUCAUCUUAUACCUACACUACUGAACAAAAUUGAAAAACUUCUCAGGGAAGGAGAACAUGGCCUGGAUGAACACAAGCUCCACAUGUAUCUUUCUGCCUUGCAGUCCAUGAUUCCAUCUCUGUUUGCAUUAGUGCUACAGAAUGCACCUUUCUCCAGCAAAGUCAAGCUUCAUGGUGAAGUGCCACAGAUAGAAGUAACUAGGUUUCCUCGGCCUAUGUCACCUCUUCAAGAUGUAUCCACCAUUAUUGGAAGUCGUGAGCAAUUGGCAGUACUGCUACAACUUUAUGAUUACCAGCUGGAACACGAGGGUACAACAGGCUGGGAGAGUUUGCUAUGGGUGGUCAAUCAAUUGUUGCCACAACUUAUAGAAAUAGUUGGCAAAAUUAAUGUUACUUCAACUGCCUGUGUCCAUGAAUUCUCCAGAUUUUUCUGGCGCCUUUGCCGGACAUUUGGCAAAAUUUUUACGAACACUAAGGUAAAACCUCAGUUCCAGGAGAUUUUAAGACUGUCUGAAGAAAAUAUUGAUUCCUCUGCAGGAAAUGGUGUCCUCACUAAAGCUACAGUUCCCAUUUAUGCAACAGGAGUCCUUACAUGUUAUAUUCAGGAAGAAGACCGGAAACUGUUAGUUGGCUUCUUAGAAGAUGUAAUGACCCUGCUUUCGUUAUCUCAUGCUCCUCUUGAUAGCCUGAAGGCUUCUUUUGUGGAACUGGGAGCAAAUCCAGCCUACCAUGAGUUACUGUUAACUGUUUUGUGGUAUGGUGUUGUCCAUACUUCAGCACUUGUGAGGUGUACUGCUGCUAGAAUGUUUGAGCUGUUGGUGAAGGGGGUGAAUGAAACUCUGGUAGCUCAGAGGGUUGUUCCUGCUCUCAUUACUCUCUCCAGUGACCCUGAAAUCUCUGUCAGGAUUGCCACAAUUCCAGCCUUUGGCACUAUUAUGGAAACAGUAAUUCAGAGAGAGUUGCUUGAAAGAGUGAAAAUGCAGUUGGCUUCUUUCCUGGAAGAUCCUCAGUAUCAAGACCAGCAUUCUUUGCAUACAGAGAUCAUAAAAACAUUUGGUAGAGUUGGGCCUAACGCAGAACCCAGGUUCCGAGAUGAGUUUGUUAUACCACAUUUACAUAAGUUAGCCUUGGUGAACAACUUACAAAUUGUGGAUUCUAAAAGACUGGAUAUUGCCACCCAUCUUUUUGAAGCCUACAGUGCACUUUCCUGUUGUUUCAUUUCAGAGGAUUUAAUGGUUAAUCACUUUCUACCUGGUCUCAGAUGUUUACGGACUGACAUGGAACAUCUCUCUCCAGAGCAUGAGGUUAUUUUAAGUUCCAUGAUAAAAGAAUGUGAACAAAAAGUAGAAAACAAGACCGUCCAAGAGCCUCAAGGCUCAAUAUCAAUUGCUGCAAGCUUAGUAAGUGAAGAUACAAAGACCAAGUUUUUGAACAAAAUGGGCCAGUUGACAACAUCAGGCGCCAUGUUGGCCAAUGUGUUUCAGAGAAAGAAGUAGAAGCGGAAAGGAAACCCUCAGUAAACACUAAGAUGGACCUCAAGCAGACUGGUUCCUUGUACUUGAAGUACUUGCCUUUUUUAUUUCCUCAGUUUUAUGUUCUUGCAUUAUAAUUUUAUCCUAACCUCCAAAGAUAUUUGCACUGCUUUUGAUUUUUGCUGUAUGUCUGUUGAUUUUGGAGUUACAACUGUGGUGAUAGAAAGUUGAGUUAAUAGUCUGUUCCAAGUCCCUCAUCUAUGUUCUUGUCUUUCAGAAUAAUUUUUUAUAUGUAUAUAUAUAUAGUGAAGAGGGUUUUUUUUUUUAAUUUUCGAAUGGGAUAUUAGCAAAUAUCUGUAUUAUACACUAAGCUAUUACAAUGGUACUUAAAAUAAUGUAAAUUUGAAGUCAUUGUUAUAAAAUAAUAAAAUGGAGAUUACUUAAGUAUUUAAAUUAUGAAAGAAAAAUGCAGACUUUUUAUUGUUUCUUAACUGACUAGAAAGAGCCACCAGCAUUACUCUGUGCCUUUUGGACUUCAGUUUGUGUGUUCUGUGGGAAUUGUAUGCAUUCCAUUCACACAGUAUUUCUUUGGGAUGCUGUGAUGAAUCUGAAUUACAAAUCCUGCAGUAAAUAGCUAUGAUGAAACUUUCAACAUUUCAGAGCUCUCGUGAAUAUUCUUUAAGUGCUAUUUAAGCCUCCCCAGCAUUUUCAUACAUAUAAUGGACUUACCUGAGGAAAGAAGCAUGGGGAGUGGCAACCAAGGUGAAUUUUUCAAACUAGUGUGUAAUAGAUUUAAAUGCUCAAAAAGAAAUGUAACUGAGAGGACCUGAUAAUUGUGAAAUUUUUCCCAAAUUGAAAUACAAAUGAAAAUAUAGUUUGAAUCUGAAAUUUAACACUUACAUAGAACAUUUCAUUUAAGGUAUUUUCUAAUGAUUUAUUUUUAGAGGAUCUCUUUUCCUUCUGUGUGUUACAGGGAAAUACUGAAAAGUGAAGGACACUUGGGGGCUGCUUUUUUCCCUCUAAACUGAAAAUGACAUUGGCUACAUUAUUAUUGGUAAAUUAUCACCUUGUCCCUUAAAGUCAGUGACUAUACUUGUGUUUGAUAUAUAUUACAUAGUCUUAAGUCGGUGUACAGUUCCACUGGAAUUUGACAGUUGUCUAUACAGUCAUGCUACUUGAAGUAGAAAAGAGUGCUGGACAUAGAAAGAGAGAGUGAUUGGUUUGAGGGGUUCGUGUGAGGCCUUUUUGAAAAAUGAAUAUUUUGAUAAAGAGAAUGCUCAUCUGAGCACAGUUGAUGCACAUACAUGAUUCUCAUAUUUGUUGUAUAAACUGGUUUAAUACUCUUGGAACAUAGUUGGAUUACACUCAUUUCCUGGGAAAGCUAGCUUACCACACAUCCAGGCUUAUAAAAUAAUUUGCCAUAGGCAAAACCGUUUAAAAAGUUCAUUCUGAAAUUAUUUUAUGUACAUAUAGUGAAAUAAUUGUUGACUAGUCUUUCUGAAAACUGCGGAUUCUAGGCAUUCCUGAGAAAUUGAAAGUGGCUACCUUUCAUGUCAAAAAUGUUGAUCUAGUAUAAAUAAAAUGUUUUUGCAUA